AUGGAGGUCGCCGAGGCGCCCGCGCCUGCGCCCGACGAGGACGCGCUGGACGAACGCAGCGUGGCGCUGCACCCCCCGAGGCUGCUCGCCGGCGUCGUCUCCGGCGCCCUCACUGGCCUCUUCGCUCUUGCUGGGGCUCUGACUGGGGCAGUCACCGGCGCGGUGGCGGGCAGAGCUUCCGACAGCGGCGGCGUUCUGCGGGGAGCUGGAUUGGGGGCGGUCGCCGGAGCUGUCCUCUCCAUUGAGGUUCUUGAGGCUUCUCGCGCUUAUUGGUGCUCCGACCGCCUGGGCUCGCACGGCGCAUCGUCCAUGGCUGAUUUCAUUGAGCAGCUUCUUCGUGCCCGGUUUGUGCAAGAGCAAUUUACAACUUCAGGAUAUGCAUCAUAUCGCUGGCAGGUCAGCAUAUCAGAUUUUGGUCACGAUGACCUAUAUGACAUCUUUGGAGAUAUUUCAUCUAAAGGGCUCUCACAAGAGUCACUGAAGAAACUACCACAUUAUGUGGUCACUAACCAAAUGGGGGACUCAUUCGGCGAAAUCCUGUCUUGCCCUAUCUGUCUACAGUGGUGGUUAAACUCGUUUGAUGCAUUCUGUAAAGUUCUUUGUCCUGAUGAUUAA